AGAAUUGGAAAGAUAAGAAUAUUUGAGAGAGUAUCAAUCUGCUUAAAUCCAUUGACUAAGAUAAACAUGACGGACGCAGAAAUUCAAGAAUGGACUCCAGCUUUUGAAGAGGCAGCUGCGGAAAUUAAUGAAAAGAUUAAUAAAACCUUGAGUAAUGAUGAGUUAAAGGAACUAUAUGCACUCUUUAAGCAGGGUUCAGUAGGGGAUGUGAACACCAGUAGGCCUGGUAUGCUGGACAUCAAAGGAAAAAUUAAAUGGGAUGCUUGGGCAUCUAAAAAGGGAAUGACCCGAGUUGAAGGUAUGAAAGCUUAUAUUCAGUUCACCAAGGAACUAUUCCAAAAACAUGGAACAAGAUAAAGGAACGCUGACAACAAGGAGCGCCAAAAAGAUGGAACCCAGAAAAAGAACGCUGUCAAUGGUGUUCCAAUUGCAAUUAAUUUAUGUACUUAUUUACCACUCAGAAAUACAUAAUCGGCAAUUCUAAACCUUAA